AUGGCUUCAGCAGCUGCAGAGGCAACAGGAGCGCCUCCAACCGCUGAGGAUGCCAUUGAGAAGAGCAAGACCGACGUUCAACAGAUCGACCCGUACAACGUUUCUGGUGGCGUGGACGAGCAUGGAAAUGCGAAGGCGAUCGAUUAUGACCGCCUCAUCGAGGAGUUCGGCGUACAACCUCUUACCGAAGAGCAUCUAAAGCGAUUCGAGCAAGUCACCGGCAAGAAGCCACAUCGAUUGAUGCGACGAAAGCUGUUCUUCUCCCACCGCGAUUUCGACAAGAUCCUCGACUUUUACGAGAAGCAUGGCAAGUUCAUGCUGUACACCGGGCGUGGACCAUCCAGCGGCAGCAUGCACAUUGGACAUACAGUGCCAUUCCUCUUCACCAAAGAGAUUCAAGAGAUGUUUGACGUACCGCUGGUGAUCAUGUUGACGGAUGAUGAAAAAUACCUGUACACUCGCAACAAGAACAACGGCACACAGAAGAAGGGUGCGACUGCUGAGGACUUUCUAAAGUUCGCCCAUGAAAACAUCAAGGACAUCAUCGCGCUUGGGUUCGAUCCCAAAAAGACGUUCAUCUUCACAGACUACGAGUAUAUCGGUGGUCACUUCUACAGAAACACGUCCGAGUUCGAGUCGCUGGUUACCAUGAACCAGGCAAGAGGGGCUUUCGGGUUUGGCGAUUCCACCAGCAUCGGCCUCAUCGCAUAUGGAGCCAAGCAGUGUGUCGCCGCAUUCCCAUCGUCGUAUCCAGAGCUUUUCGGAUACAAGGAUUUCCGACCUCCGGACUUUGACCCAUCGGCAAUCCGACGACACAAAGAGCUGUCGAAGAUCCCAUGCCUGAUCCCGUGCGCCAUCGAUCAAGAACCCUACUUUCGUGUGCUACGAGACCGAUGCGAGCGAAUGACAGAUCCUCACCCCAAGACUUGCUUGAUUCUUUCCAAAUUCUUGACGGCGCUUCAAGGACCAGGUGGUAAGAUGAGCGCUUCCGAUUCCAACUCUGCCAUCUUCAUGUCCGACAAGCCAAAUGAAAUCAAGAACAAGAUCAACAAGCACGCUUUCUCUGGUGGUCGCGAGUCUCUUGAGGAGCACCGCAAAUUUGGUGGCAACCCUGAUGUGGAUGUCGCCUACACUUAUCUUUCCUACUUCCUCGAAGACGAUGAGGAGCUGGCCGAUCUGGAGCAGAGAUACCGGAGCGGCGAGCUUCUCACUGGCGAAAUGAAGGCUCGGUGCAUCAAAGAGUUGCAGAAGUUUGUGGCCGACUUCCAGGAGCGGAGGGAGAAGGUGAAUUGGGAAAUAAUGAGAUCGUACAUGAAUCCAAGGAAACUUGAGUUCCAGGGUAACCCCAAUCCUACCCAACCGCAAGCACCGGCAGCUUCUGAGACCAAUGGAGAGAAAGAAGACGGGGCAGCUGAUGGAGAUAAGUCAGGAGGGAAGGAUGGACGAGGGACGAAGGGGGAGCGCAAGGCUGCUAAGUUGGCGGAGAAGAAGGCCGAGAAGUUAGCACAGCGUCAGAAACCUGCUGAUGAAGGCGCCGCGCAAUAA